CUCUUUCUGUCAUACAAUAUCCAUUGCAAUAGGUGGCGCUAGUGCGCUGUCACGCCCAAAAUACAAAACGAGCGAAGCAGAUCUACUCUAGGAAGGAAAUUCACGGCGUGAUAUAUGACAGCACUCUGGCGAGUAUAACAACAUUUCUUUGACAUCAUGGGGGUUCACGGGCUUACAAGUUUUGUGGAAGGAAAUCGUCAAUUCUUCACAGAUAUGAGACUGCGAGACUGCCGCCUUGUGGUUGAUGGAUGUAGCUUGUAUUUUCGAUUGUAUUUCAACUCUGGAUUGGAUCAAGCACGGGGUGGAGACUACGACAUGUUUGCUGUGUUGGUUCGACAGUUUUUCGCAGCACUUUCAGAAUGCGGCGUGCAGCCGUUCGUCGUGCUAGAUGGUGGAAUGGACCAGACAGACAAGAAGUUCAAGACACAGCAGGAACGAAUCCUUAAUAAGAUCCGAGAGGCUCACGCUCUUUCCCGAGGAUCUCACGGUUGCGUUCUCCCUCUGCUUGCACGUGAAGUUUUCAGACAGGUCCUUUCCGAGCUUGGCGUGCCCUUAGUGCAAUGCAUUUCCGAAGCUGAUUUUGAGAUAGCAUCUCUUGCCAAACACUGGGGAUGUCCAGUUCUGACCAGCGACAGUGACUUCUACAUCUUCGACCUGAAAGGUGGCUACCUACCGUUUUCAUUCUUCGAAUGGAAUAAUGUCAACGGAAAGGCCAAAGAACGCUACAUCCCUGCCCGGCAUUUCACUGUGAACCGCUUCUGCUCGCAUUUCAACCACAUGAACAAGCAGCUCCUCCCUUUAUUUGCUGUCAUCACUGGGAACGACUACACACCUGCCAAAAUAACUGAGAUUUUUUUCAGCCGUGUGGAGCUCGAAAGAGUACCAUCUGGUCGGAAGACCGGACGUAGUUCCAGUCCUCGAAUCGAGGGCUUUUUGCUCUGGCUGUCUCAGUUUACCAGCCCAGUAGAUGCUAUGGAGGAAGUUCUAGGGGUUCUGGGUGGACAACAGAAAGGAAACUUGCGUACACAGCUCUCUGCAGGAAUGCAGGACUACCAGCUUCCUCAUAAUAGCAGUUUGGCUCAAUACUUCUCAAGUCCUCAACCUGCACUUCCAGAUGCCCAGGGGCUCCCAGCAGCACUGGUUUCUCAGCCCGAGUGGCUUUUAAGAAUGGCAGCAUCAGGUAAGCUCUCCUCUUUUGUCUUGGAUGUGCUUGUACUCCAGAAGGUUCUGCUGGUUGCGCAGGUGGAGAAUAGUAACCUGCCUAGCAGUCAUACAAGCUCAUUGAGUAUCCGAAAGACCAUCUACAGCCUGCUGCUUGAAAAGGCAAGACAGGGCAGUCCGAUGCCACAGGCAGUCACCCAGAGAGGAAGAGGAAGGGGAAGAGGAGACCGAAACAGACAGGGUAAAGGAGGACAACAGUGUGACACCCCAUGCGUUGAUGAGUAUGACAGACAUGAACUGAAUCUCAAGAAAAACACAGUGGAGGCUGACCGACCCGACUCUGUUCCACAGCUGAAUCUUUCAGCUAUUGACAAGGCAUCUGCACAAGUGAAGCUUCAGGUGUUGUUGGGAACACUGGGUGUGAUGGGCCACGUUUUGGAGCCUUUACCCCCUCACCUUUGCCUUCCAGUGUGUGUGACGUAUUUCUGGAUGAAUAACUGUAAACCAAAGCCCAGUCACCCUCUGCUUCAGGCCAUAUUGCUGGGAAUGGUGUAUGGGGAACUCAGCUGGAGAAGCGGCCAUCCUAAUGACCCACUGUUUGGCAGCAAAGCUUCUGCAUAUGUAUGUCAGCAAUUAUCUCAGCUGAGGGUCAAUCCAGGACAAAGGAGAGGCCUAGAUCUGGGUGUGGCCCAUUUGCUCAGCCAAUGGCAGUCCUGCAUGUGGGUGGCGAUGUUCCUGAACCAGUUACUAUGUUUCCCACUACCUGAACCUCAAUGCGCCUGGGUUUUCAGUGGCACUCUGCUGCAUGGUCUUGAGGCUGCCAUAAGAGGGGGUCACCAGUGUGAGUCUCUGCUUGCAGGGGACUCUGUUGCUUGGCAGCUCUAUUCCAUUCUGCUAGAGGCGUUGACAGGUCCUGCAGUAUCAGCAGCAGCGGACAAGGGUAGAGGAGGGGGGCAAAGACAGGCACAGCAAAGAGGGAGGGGCAAUGGGGGGAGAGGACGGGGCAAUGAAGGGAGAGGGAGGGGCAAUGAAGGGAGAGGGAGGAGCAAUAGGGGAGGAAGGAGGGGCAACAGAAGCAGAGGAAUGACAUAUUCUGAAAGUGAUUUGUACAACAGGUUCGCACAGUUGAACUUUGAUGACUUUGAUCAGCAAUGGUGGUCUUGAAAUGGGAGAAGAAAAUGAUAGAUUAAAUUUUAGAGAAGCUAAUUUGGAAGAGAAGAAAAAAAAAUUCAAAAAGUGUUUAUAACUAUGUUCUUGUGCGGCCUUACACUUGCUGUGGCUGAGGAAGUACCUCUUCAGAUGAAAGUAUCUUUUACCAGCACAAACUUGCUAUAAAAAUGUUUUACUAUGAGAGCCGUUAUAUAUGCACUAGGCUUAUUUGCACUACAGCUAUUUAGCAGCUACAUCAUAAAAACGUAGCUUUUUAUACUAUUUAAUUGAAUGAAAUUUUAUGGGGGGAAAAAAAAAGAGUACACUUUUGUAUAUUAUCAAAUGCCUCUCUUACUUUGGGACCAAUGUUUUUGGUGCUCUACUCUCUGUUCAUGAAUUAUUUUAUGUAAUUUGCUAUUAUCACUAAUGUUUUUAAAGGGAAUAUGAUUUAUCUCCUUGAUUAUUGUAAAGCUUGAUUUUAGUGUCUUUGAGAUUACAUUCAGUAUGCUGUAAUCUUGACUUUGAGUGAGAACAGAACUUUGGUGUCAUUCUUGCUUCUGUUGCUCUCUCCUCUUUGGCAUUAACUCUGACUGAAAUAAGAUGCCAAAUUAUAAAGGUUUAUACAGUUUUAUUGGAACGUGUAAUUUUGUUCCAGUGGAUGAUAAAUCUUACUUGUCUUAAGUUUCAUAUCUCUUGGCAGAAUUGGCCGUUUUUAGCCGUUUUUCAUAAAAUUGUUUCAUAAAUUCUUUGCCUUGCUUUUCCUGAUGGCACUUAAUCAUGAAAAGGUGUGUUAAAGACUAAACAAGGCACAAGUUAAUUAGUAACACAUCUAUAAAGCUAUAUUACUCUUUACAAGCAAAAAUAAUCAUGAAAAUUUCUAGGCUUGCCCCAUGAUGUCAACUGGUCAUACAUUUUUUUUUUUUUUGUCUAUAAAGAUGUGUAAAAUGUUAUGACUUAUUUUCUUGUCUUGGCUUUUUAAGAUUAGCAAUUAAAUAUAAAUUCUAUUUAAUUCAUCUUUGUUGUAUUAAAAUGAAAAUCCACAUCAAUAAUUUAAAGGAAAUAUUAUGUUCAGAUGUGUUUCUGUCAAUUUAAUACACUGAAGGUCUAUUAAAUCUUUUUGUUUAUUAAAUGUUUAUUCAAUAA